UGUGACAUUUAUCGACCGGGAUUUUUGCCAUCACCUUGCCGCCUUUCAACGUCUACCUGAUUAGGAGUUCAGCCAUUGCCUUUGCUGGAGGUUCUUCAAUUUACCUCUCCCUGCUACUGCAUCUAUCAAUCUCUCACUUCACUCUACCCAAAUUCAGAUCUGCAUCCUGUAGACAGGUUCUCAAUCGGAAGUUAGAAAGUCUGAUGCUUUAAGAAAGAGAGGAACAAUGGGUAGUAAAGCUAUGUUUAAAUGGGCAAAAACAGUCACACCUGCUCAUGUUGAACAGCUAAUCCAAGCGGAACGAGACAUAAACAAGGCACUUCUCAUAUUUGACUCCGCAACAGCCGAGUAUACAAAUGGUUUUAAGCACGAUCUCAAUACUUUUAGGCUCAUGAUUAGGAAGUUAGUUUCCGCAAACCAGUUCAGGUUAGCAGAAACACUUCUUGAUAGGAUGAAGGAAGAGAAACUUGAUGUCACUGAGGAUAUAUUUCUUUCUAUUUGUAGGGCUUAUGGUCGUAUCCAUAGGCCAUUGGAUUCCAUUAGAGUUUUCCAUAAAAUGCAGGAUUUCCAUUGCAAGCCUACAGAGAAAUCUUACAUUUCAGUGUUUGCCAUUCUUGUUGAAGAAAAUCAAUUAAAAUUGGCUUUUAGAUUUUACAGGUAUAUGAGAAAAGUGGGUAUUCCUCCUACUGUAGCUUCUCUUAAUGUUCUAAUCAAAGCCCUCUGUAAGAAUAGUGGAACCAUGGAUAAAGCUAUGAACAUGUUUCGUGAAAUGUCUAAUCAGGGGUGUGAACCUGAUUCAUAUACUUACGGGACUUUGAUCAAUGGGUUAUGUAGAUUUGGAAACAUUGUUGAAGCAAAGGAAUUAUUGCAAGAGAUGGAAAAAAAAGGUUGUUCACCUUCAGUCGUCACCUAUACUUCAAUGAUACAUGGUCUGUGUCAGUUGAACAAUGUGGAUGAAGCAAUGGACUUACUUGAAGAUAUGAUGAGCAAGGGUAUUGAACCUAAUGUAUUUACUUACAGCUCUCUAAUGGAUGGAUUUUGCAAGGCUGGCCAUUCUUUGCGAGCUAGAGACCUCUUGGAGCUGAUGGUCCAAAAACGCUUGAGGCCCAACAUGAUCAGUUAUAGCACAUUGAUUAAUGGACUUUGUAAGGAAGGAAAAGUAAAUGAAGCGUUAGAGAUUCUUGACAGAAUGAAACUUCAAGGUUUGACACCAGAUGCCGGAUUGUAUGGGAAAAUAGUGAAUCGCCUCUGUGAUGUUUGCAGAUUCCAAGAAGCUGCAAACUUCUUGGAUGAGAUGGUCCUUUGUGGGAUUACACCUAAUAGAGUAACAUGGAGCCUCCAUGUCAGGACACAUAACAGAGUAAUUCACGGUCUCUGCACUGUCAAUGACUCAAAUCGUGCAUUUCAGUUAUAUCUCAGUGUCCUGACACGUGGUAUUAGUCUCACUGUUGAUACUUUCGAUUCGUUGUUAAAGUGCUUCUGUAACAAAAGGGAUCUUCUUAAAGUUUCUAGAAUUCUGGAUGAGAUGGUGAUUAAUGGAUGUAUCCCUGAGAGAGAAAUGUGGAGUACCGUGGUUAAUUGUUUUUGUGAUCAAAGAAAAGCUUGUGAUGCUAUGAAAUUGCUGCAACUUGAGUUGAUGAAUUGAUCUCUUGGGUCUAUAAUAUUUAUUAAAAGUUGCAUUUCAUGA